GUACAAUCGUGCAGGCAAGUUCAUGUCCCCAUCAUGUGACCAAAGUACCCCACAGCUACACGGCUGUCCACAAACACGUCUGCUACCUGUUUGUCAACAGUGAGCUGUACUGGAGGGAGGCCCGUGACCGGUGCUGGGAUUUGGGUGGUGAGAUGCUAUCCAUUGAGAGUCAAGAGACCAUGGAUUUCAUCAAGAAGAAGCUGAAUUCACCAGAACUCAGCUGGGACAGAGAAGGCAUUUGGUUGGGUGCCAGUAAAAAAUCUGGCAAAUGGAAAUGGACUAAUGGGAGAUUAGUAAAUUACACAAAUUGGGCCCCUGGACAGCCCAGCAAUUUACUGGGGCUCCUGUCCGUAGAAGACUGUUCACAGAUGCGUGAAGACGAUGGAUGGAAAUGGCAUGAUAUUCCCUGUGGCUCUCUUCGCUUCCAUUACAACUACAUUUGCCAGUUCCCUUUGAAUAAACCUGGUGAUGUUGGUGGCAAAGUGUCGUCUUCAGCUGCAAACCAAUCAGAAGAUAAUGGAAAUUCAUCCAUCCUUGCUAUCAUCAUAGGUAUCAGCACAAGUCUUCUCUUAAUAAUGGGCAUAAUAUUUCUUGUGCUCUACUAUCAUCAAAGACAGAGCAAGCAGAAAGCCAGCGAAGUACCAGUUCACUUCACCAAUAACACAUACUCCCGAACCCCCAAUGGUUCUGUUCACAGAGAUGGCCAGGCACUUCCUGUUCCUCCCAGUCAGCAGCCAUUCGUUUCCAAUGAGGAAUUGUAUUUGGAUCCCCAGUCGAAUGACAAGCCCAGCAGUAGCCACAUGAACAGUGCCCCGGCCAAAGAAUGCAAGUGUGUCCACCAGCAGUCAGUGGUCAGCAGCUCCAUCUGUUCCUCCCCUGGCACCGACUCAGAGCUUGGAGCUUGUGUUGGCAGUGAUCCCGAGCAGGAGAUGAAGACGCCCUUGAUGGCAGCUAACAGCAUCGACUGUGAGGCUGUUGGAGCCAGCUGCGCAGCUUGCCAGUCCCUUCACAGCUGCUGCGUGCUCAACCAAGGGGACUACAUAGACAUGAAGAGCCAACCUCAGGAGAAGGAUCAACACAGACAUACCAAGGAAGAAGAUGACAAGCAUACUUACAGUAAUGUGGAUCACAGAGACACUGGGAAUGAAAAUCUCUAUGAGGUUUUGCCAUAA